CCAAUCCAAAUCAGCACAAGUCCUAGCAUAAAAUUUCUAUUGGCGCGUUUUUUUCUUUCAACACUCGUCGCCCACCACACUAUCACCGCAAACAUUCAUCUCUCUCUCAACCUUUUACCUUCAACCAACUCUUCUUCUUUCUCAAUUGUUUUUUCAACUUGACAAAGAAGUUUAGUGACUCGAUUUUUAUUUUCCUGAUCACUAAAAACAACACCAUUAAGGCCUUGUUCAAUACUGAAAAUACUAUUAAAUUUACGUAUUGAUUCGGGUCUGAUUUUCCAACUGAAGACGCGGUUGUUGCGUUCUGCGCAGUUCACCCAGUUGGACGAAAAAAAUCCAUCAGCGUCACCAGCACUCAUCCCAUCUGCUGUUUUAACCUGACUCAUAUUUCGAACGUUCAGUUUCGAACUUUCACCCUUCAUACAUAAUUCGCGUCUCCCUCACAUCUAUCACUCUCCACCAUCCUCUCUACAUCUAGAAUUAUUCAUAGAACCAUCCACCUUCCACCGACGCACUACUCAUCAAUAACCUGAUUUUUUUCUCGUAAUCGCGAGAAGAAAAUUCAUUUUCACCUCUAACUAUUUCCGCCUUCUCACCUUACUCAUCACAUACCAUACGCGUCUACACCACAAAUACAACGUCAUUCUACAAUGCCUCCUAAAGGCCGCAAAGCAGCGGGUGCUGCCGCGAAGCCCUUCGGUGUGGCUAAGAAAUCCGGCGGUCGAUCGAAUGCGACCAAGCCUGCCCCGGAAACAAGUCGUAAGAGCCGUCGUACGAACGAGGAGAUCAUGAAGGAUGAACAGCAAGCCGGCCGUGAGCUCGACGAGAUUAUCGACCGACAAGUGGCCGAGCAGGACAAAGCGAGGGCAGCAGCGCCGCCUGCGCGUAAAAGCAAGAAGCAAAGAGAGUUGCUAGAACAGGAACAACAGAAUGAUCGCGAGGUUUCUGCAGAGCAAGUAAAGCAAAUGGCUCAGGAUGAGUCGAAGAAGAGCGCAGCUAAGCGCAAGAGAGAUGUAGACGAGGAGGACGAGGAGGCUACAGAAGAGCCGACUCAGCCCGCCAAAGCAAAGAAAACUCGCGCUCCUCGAGCUGCACCUAAGAAGGCUGCGAAGGCCCAGACGACUAAGAGCAAGAAAGAAGACUCUGAAGAUGAGGAAGAGGAUGGGGGGGACAAGGACAAAGAACCUCCGAAGAAGAGGGUUCGUACCACCAAGGCUGCGGCUAAACCUGCUCCUAAACCUAAGCCGGCCCCUAAGCCUGCUAAGGCCGCUCCCAAGCCGAAGGCCGAACCCAAGGCCAAACCCGCUCCUAAGCCUGCUGUGCGCACAAGAGGACUCGGCGCAAAGGGUGUUGCAUUCAAUGACGUGCCUUCGCAGCAGCUUGAUGUCUUCGUGUUUGGUGAGGGUUCCUCUGGCGAGCUUGGUCUCGGAAGUAAGAAGUAUGAAGGCAAGAAGCCCAUUGAUGUCAAGCGACCCAGAAUCAAUCAUAAUCUCAAGGGUGUUAUCGCUUUGGCAUGCGGUGGCAUGCACUGCAUUGCUCUGACUCAAGAUCAGACUGUUCUUACCUGGGGUGUCAAUGAUGACAAGGCACUAGGUCGUGAUACUUUCUGGGAGGGCGGUACACGAGAUAUCGAUGCUGAAGACGAGGAUGAUGAUGAGGAUGAUGACACCGGUAUGAACCCGAACGAGAGCACUCCUGGUAAAGUCGAUCUUAGCAUUCUUCCCGAGGGCACAAAUAUUGUUCAGGUAGCUGCUACCGAUUCAGCCUCCUUCAUCCUUACUGACGACGGUUGGGUUUACGGCUGGGGUACUUUCCGAGGUUCCGAUGGUAUUAUUGGAUUCAGCGAAAGUGUCCGAACUCAAGCAACCCCUACCAUCAUCCCUGGAUUGAAGAACAUCACCAAGCUAGCUUGUGGUUCGAACCACGUUCUCGCCUUAGAUCUGUCUGGAACGGUCUUCACAUGGGGUAGUGGUGGUCAGUAUCAACUCGGUAGGAAGCCACUUACUCGUCGGGGAGGACCUUCUGGCGGACUCAACCCGCAACCUUGUGGAAAGUUCACGAGGAAGCAUCGUGCUAUUCGUGUUGGUGCUGGUUCCUAUCACAGCUUCUACAUUGACAACAAUGAUCAAGUUUGGGCGUGGGGUUUAAACAACUAUGCCCAAACCGGCAUUAACGAGAACACCGGUGAAGAUGAUGCCAUGGUUCUUCAGCCGCAGCUUGUCUCAUCACUUGAAGACGAGAAGGUAGCCCAGAUUGUGGGCGGCGAGCAUCACUCAGUCGCUUGCACGACAGAUGGAAAGCUGCUCACCUGGGGACGAGUGGACGGCCACCAAGUCGGACAUCCGGCUAGUCUGUAUAACGAGGAGAAUGCUGUCUUUGACGACAACAAGAAGCCUCGAAUUCUUCGUGAGCCCGUUGCUGUUGAUGGCGUUAAGGCUACUUUCGUCGCUGCUGGUACAGAUACCAGCUUUGCCUUGGAUGCAGAGGGCAAGGUUUACUCCUGGGGUUUCUCUGCCAACUACCAGACGGGACAAGGCACUACAGACGAUGUUGAAGUUCCUACUUUGAUUGACAACACUGCCGUUCGUGACAGACAGGUCAUCUGGGCAGGUGCUGGUGGUCAGUAUUCUGUCAUCGCGGCCGCAGCCGAGGCCAAGGGUGAUGACAAUUUGCCCAAUGGCAACUAAGUGUCAUUCUACAUAGCCAGCAUGAUUAGGCGUUAGGGGGGGUGGUCUACGAAGAACGGAGGCAUACUGGCAUAUAACCUCCCGCAUCUCACAUUUUGCAUUUUUUUCAUUUCGCAUUUCCCGACUCGAAAGGGGAUCGAGUCCAGGAAGCCUGAGCAUUUGGCACGUUGCCAAAUAUUGCCACAACUAGGCAAUUUCUAAGAAGAUGGAACGGGGUAGUGCGGAUGAACGAAGAAAUGAACAGUUCGGUAAUAGGAAAACCCCGGAGGAGUCAACUUCACUGUAUCCAUUAUAAUCGCCUACGGAAAAGGGCAACGUUGAUUUUUUACACUACAAAUUUUGCGAUGUUCUGGUUUCUUGCUAUUGCUAGAAGCGAGCUGCAUUUGUGUUUUAGGUCUCGAUAGAAAGGUGUUGGAAAGGCAUUUUGCCAACCAAAAAUAUAGCAUCUCGCAUCAACGAGCCUUUGUAUUUUAUAUACCUUCAUGUUUAUACUAGCAGCACGACUGCAACACCGCAAUAGACGAGAGAACAUUAACCAA